AGUCCUGUCAGCAGUUCCAAAGUGGGGGAGGCCACCAACUUCCACAACAGAACCUUUUUAACGCGGCAACUUUGGAACCAAGCUGACUGUGACAUCACCUGCUGUUCCAGAGAAGGGUCGGAGUUCUCUCUGCUCCAAGAAAGCUGAACCUCUGUUUGCAAGAAGCCACUUUGCAUCCGUGUUUCUGAGUUUGGGCAAGCCCAGAACGAUGGUCACAAUUCAGUCGGCGUCUGACUGCUACGACGUGUUCGAGAUCCUGGGGAAGGGCACAUUUGGGGAAGUGGUAAAGAGCUGGAAGAGGAGCAGCGGGGAGAUGGUGGCCAUAAAGAUCCUGAAGAAUGACUCCUACCGGAGCAGGAUCAUCAAGAAUGAGCUGAAGCUGCUGCAGACCAUGACAGAAGUGGAUGCAGAGGAGUCACACAUUGUCCAGUUUCACGAGUUCUUCCAUGACGAGCUCAAGUUCUACCUGGUCUUCGAACUCCUGGAACAGAACCUCUUUGACUACCAGAAAGAGCACAACUUCUCUCCUUUGCCUGUCCGGCACAUACGCACAGUGACCACACAGGUGCUAAGAGCCCUGUCCAAGCUGAAAGAGCUGUCCAUCAUCCAUGCAGACCUGAAGCCCGAGAACAUCAUGCUAGUAGACCAGGUCAGAUACCCUUUCCGGGUCAAGGUGAUCGACUUUGGCUCGGCCAGCAUCUUCAACGAGGUGCGCUAUGUCAAAGAGCCAUAUAUCCAGUCCAGGUUCUAUCGGGCUCCAGAGAUACUGCUGGGCUUGCCGUUUUGUGAGAAAGUGGACGUGUGGUCCUUGGGCUGUGUCGUGGCAGAGCUCCACCUUGGCUGGCCCUUGUACCCGGGGAACAACGAGUAUGACCAGAUCCGGUACAUCUGCGAGACUCAAGGGGUGCCCAGGCACACCCUUCUCAACGCAGCCAGGAAGGCCCACCUUUUCUUCAAAAGGGGGCAGCAUCAAGACUUGGUCAACACCUGGCAGCUGAAAACCCCAGGGGAGUAUCUGGCAGAUACCAAGGUGAAGUCAGUGGAGCGGAGAAAGUACGUGCUGAAGUCUCUAGACCAGAUGGAGACACUGAACGUCCACAAGAUGAUCUACCCAGACACCGAAGCCUUGGCCGAAUACUUUGAUCUGCGGAGCAUGGUGGAGCUCAUCAAGAGGAUGCUGACCUGGGACUCCCACGAGCGCAUCACCCCCGGUGCAGCUCUGAAGCACCCCCACAUAACGACGCAGCCGCUCAAGCAGAACUACAGCAUCACCCAGUAUUACCAGGCAUGCCUGCGGAGCCUGCAGGACUCGUUGCCCAACAGCAGCAAGGCUGGGGGGGGGGAGGAGGAGGAGGAGGGCAUGCAGGUGUACGGUGCUGUAGAAGAGGAGCACUUUUAUACCACGCAGGAGUCCUUCCCAGAGGAGAAUGCCCACAGUGUCCAGCGGACCACCAGCCAAAUGGACGACCUGAGCCUGGCCGAGGCCGGUCAGGACCUGCCCUUAACGGUGUGGGACGAAGGAGGGCUUUACAUUGUUCUCUCCAGUUCUGGCAGAGGCUUAAUCUCCUCUGGUCCACCAGGUUUCCAUCCUGCCUACUACAGGAACCGGCAAAGUAGUCCCAAGCACCGCAGGGCAUCCCGCCACGCCCAGGCUGACCUCACCUUCAACAACCUCAUUCUGCUGGGACAGAGCUCCCCUGAGGAUGCGGCCGACUGGGAGAAGGGCAGCAGCGGCAGCGCCACGUCCCUGCCAGAGCCCAGUGUCAGGGAGGGCCUGAGGCUUUCACCGACCGUGCAGGUAACAGGAACUACUCGACUCAUCUGGCUAUGCAAGCCAGGCUCCUGGUCCAUCUCACCCCGGCCGGGGGUGCAGCUAGUUCAGCCCGCUGGUGGCCCCGGUGGCCAGCCCUGUGCCUUGGUGGGGGGUCCAGGAGCAGGGAACGAAGACAGGGGGCUGCGCGCAAGCAGCCCAGGAGGGCGGGGGCAACAGCCAGGCCGGCGAGUAACGCGUGUCCCCCUCUCUCUUUGGCAGCAAGCGCCCCCGGAGGUCCUUGAGCCGGCCGCCGCCCCGCGGCCCCACAUCUGGCAGCCCCACGAUGACUGGCUGGUGCAGCCCGGCCUGGAGAGGAGCGCCCUCCCGCCGCCGCAGGCGCUGCUCCAGGGCCCUCGGGGCCGCCCGGCGCUCCAGCCCUUCCUGCAGCACAUCGCCAGCCACCACUGAUCGGCGGCCCAGCAAGAGGCGGCGGCGGCGGCGGCGGCGGCGGCGGGGGGAGGGCGACCGGCCCGCUCGCUCGCUCGCCCGCCCGCCCGCCGACGACGACGACAGAGUCCUUCGUAGCCCCGGAGAUUUAGAGGCGGGUCCUGGCUGCGGAGCCGCGUGCGCUAAUAAAA